UGGUGAGUGGUGUACAAAAUGCAAUAUUGUGAAUCUUGUUACACCCCGUAUCUAAUAUUUAUUUUGUCUUUUUUCAUGUUGCAGUUCACAAUGAAAGAUCUUAGAAAUGUUGAGAGAGGAGAGUGCACGAAAUGUCCAUGUGGAGCCUAUCAACUUGAACUGGGUUCUACCCGUUCAGCCUGCUCGUACUGUGAAUGUCCUGCUCCAGCCCACAUGGAAAUUGUUGAAGGUAUCUGGUUACUUGGUUUGCUCUCAUUGCUUUAGUGGGUGCUCUGUAGUGUUGCAUACAAAAAAUAUCUAACUACUUGUUUUUUGUAGCAAUUGAUCCUGCUGUGCCUGGUGUUCCAUCAAAGACUGAUGUAUGUAUCUCAAGAUGUAUCUGCUUUAAUUUUUACUUUACUUAUAUGUCCAUUUGUUCCUUCUACUAAAAUGAGAAUUUUUUUAUUGUUUUUAUCAGGUUGUUUACCUGGAGUUGCCUAGCAAUGCUGAGUCUUUAAUGGACCCAAAUUCUAAAUCAACUUCUGAUGUAAGUUAAUGGGUCUUGAGGACUAAUACUUUAUUUAUUUUUCAAGUAUAUUUUUGCUGUGAAAUUAAAAUUUUGCUGCAGCCUAACUCAGAUGAGAUUGAGAAGGAGUUCCCUGAGAGGUUUCCGGUCAAGGUUCAGAAAGCUUUGGAAAAUAGAUCUUUGACUUUCAAUCACAAAAGUACAAUUGUGAGAGGUAUAGUUGAUAAACUCUAUGAGAAAAAGUUAGACAACAAUCGAUGUCUGGCAAUUGCAGCUCGCAAAAUUCUCUACAAAUAUUCUCCUAUGAAAAGUCCUUUGGACCCCAAUGGAGUAAGUAUUAUUGAGGUCUUUCAUGAACAUAAAGCCAUUGUGUGGUGUCUUUCAUUUAUAACUUAAGAUGAAUUGGAAUAACCAGCUUUUGAUAUAUUUUAUAGAAAGCGCUUCUAGAGAAAUUGCGGAGAAGGAGAGAUCGUCUGAGAGUCGAAUCAGGUGCUACUAAGACCAGCAGUUCUGUUAAUCGUACUGAUCCGUCCGUCCAAUCUAGUCCUUCCACCUGAGAAAGCCGCAGAAGAAAUGAGAGACCAUUGGUUUAGAGGGGUUCGUACUGUCUCUACCUAUGCUGUGUUAUUUCCUCUAGUACGAGAGCAUUUCCAGACCCAAGCCAGUAAAACUCCAGCUCUUCAAUUGCUAAGAAACUUUCCAGCACUUCACCUCAGUCAAAUUGUUCUAAGUGAACUGGAGAGUAUGGUUGAACUUACAGAAGACGAGAUGGUGAGAAGUUGGCUGACGGCACUGCCCAAACUGAUAGAUUAUUUCUUGAAGUCAAAGAUCCCUAUCAGAGCGUUUGGGACUACAAGUAAGAACCCUUUCUUGCCCUUUCUCAGAACCUAA